AUGGAUGCCGCUAUAUUAUUAGAUAGUCAGCGUGAGAUCCAAGUUCGAAUCUCACGCUCGGUCGAAUACCUGAAGAAGAUGGGCGCUCCUAACAUCACAUCCAGUGCCGUAACUACCCGCAUCAGACUUCUUGAUCAAGCCUGGGAUAAGUUCGUCAUCCAGCACGAUCAGCUGCGUAUUGCCUUGAAAGAUAAGUUCAGAGAAAGUGAUUACGUUACUUCAGGACUCCAUGAUUUGACUGAAAAUACGUACGUACAGCAAAGGAGCAUCCUGGACGGCUACGCUGAACGCAUUCGGUCAGCCUCGGAAACCGUCAAGCUAAACGAAGCCGCUCCUCGAACCGCAUUACCUCGAGUCAGGAUUCCGCAGUUUUCGGGAGCUUACUCCGAGUGGCCAACCUUCCGAGAUCUCUUCCUGUCUGUCGUCGGUGAUAACGCCACCAUCUCUAACAUCGAACGCCUGCAUCAUCUUCGGUCGAGUUUGAACGGACAGGCUGAAAAAUUGAUAAGUUCAUUACCGGUGACAGGAGACAACUACGAACGUGCAUGGACGAUACUGUGCAAACACUACGAAAAUGAGAGAGAACUCAUCCGAUGCAACUUCGCCGCAUUCACCGCCGUGCCGAGAAUGAAGAACGGAACUGCUGACGAACUGCAUCGCAUCCACAACGCUGCCGUCACAGUCGUCAACGCACAGGAGAGUAUAGGUCGUCCCAUUGAAUCUCACGGAAUGGACCUCCUAAACUAUCUUAUCGUCGAGCAAUUCGACGCACACACUCGAAUGGAAUGGGAAAAUUCCAUAUCCGACUCCAACAAGUCACCAUCGCACGAAACACUUUUGGAGUUCAUGACGCGACGGAUGUUCACACUUAACGCCGUGCAUCCGAAGACUCUCAAGAAGAACUUCGGAGAGUCUUCACGAACGGCGAAGACACAUGUUGCGAAGCACGGAACUGACCUUCCACAAUGCGCACUGUGCCAUGAGAAGCACCAUCUGAUGACGUGUCGCGAAUUUAAGACGAAAUCCGCGGCAGAUCGAAAGGCCUUCGUUGAGACGCACAGACUGUGUUUCAACUGCCUCGGAAAUCAUUAUCUUACAAAAUGUCAGUCGAAGAAGAACUGCUACACAUGCAAGGCACGUCAUCACACUUCACUGCACGACGCAUACAGCACGGUCACCGCACAAACACCAGAAGCCACUUCACUCGCCGCACUGCACAAAGCCAAGGAGCAGAAGGCUGUACUCCUCGCCACUGCUCGGGUGAACGUAGCCGAUCGCCAUGGAGCACCGCACGACGUCCGAGCACUGAUCGAUCAGGGAUCAGAGGUGUCGAUCGUUUCUGAAGCACUGGUGCAACGACUGAACCUGCCUCGAUCACGCACCGACAUGGCCAUCUUUGGGAUCGGAGGCGCACGACCAGGAUCAACGCGUGGCAAGGUCACGCUGCACCUCACUUCGGACAUCACGAACGCCCGGCUCUCCGUGAUUGCGUUUAUACUCCCACGCCUGUCACUUCUUCAAGGCUCCACGUCCAGCACACCAGAAGAUUGGCCGCAUAUUCGAGGACUCCAACUGGCGGAUCCUCAAUUUCGCGAGAACGAUCCAGCCGAGCUACUCCUGGGAGCGGAGGUGUGCUCCUUAAUUCUUGAAGAGGGUCUACGCAAGGGUGGACCUCAGAUGCCAAUCGCGCAGAAGACAUCGCUAGGAUGGAUCCUCUCUGGAGGCUCCGGCGUCGCAUCCGCAGAAGAGCACCGUCGCACAUUCCAGUGCACUGCCGAUCACGAGCUAUUCGAGCUGGUGCAGCAGUUUUGGGAACAGGAACGGGAGCCCAACGCAGUCACGACACUCUCCGCCGAAGAGCAGCAAUGCGAGGAAUUCUUCGUGCACACGCACACUCGCACCUCUUCAGGACGAUACGUGGUGAAGCUGCCGUUCUCCUCACCAAUCACUGCACUCCGCGAAACCCGCAAACCAGCCGAGCGGCUUCUCACAACGAUGGAGAGGCGAUGCGUCCAGGACCCUCGAUUCGGCAAUCUGUAUCGCAGCUUCAUGACAGAAUACGAAGACCUGAAACAUAUGACGCUGGUGACAUGCUCCACAACGAGCAAUCAGUCAACGUACUUACCACAUCAUGGAGUACUCAAGGAGUCCAGUGCCACGACGAAGCUGAGGGUCGUGUUCAAUGGGUCGCAGCGAACGCGAACUGGAGACUCUUUAAACGCACACCUCAUGACUGGAGCAAAUCUUCUGCCAGCUCUUCCUGACGUACUACUCCGAUGGCGUCAACACCAGUAUGUCUUCGUUGCUGAUAUAGAGAAAAUGUAUCGGCAGAUACUCGUGCAUCCGGAUGACUGCAGAUUCCAAACGAUCCUGUGGCGUCAUUCAACUGAUGAUGAAGUGCGAGAGUACCAGCUGAGAACGGUCACCUACGGUCUGGCGUGUGCUCCGUUUCUCGCCAUACGGACACUCCGUCAGCUCGCAACGGACGAAGAAGAGCAGUUUCCUCGUGGCGCCGUAGCUCUGCGUCGAGAUUGUUAUGUCGACGAUGUGGUCACCGGCUCAAAUACGCUGAACGAUGCGAUCGCACUCCAGAUGGAAAUUCGCAACCUCUGCUUGGCGGGCGGAUUUCCGUUGAAGAAGUGGGCAGCCAACGACGAGAGGAUCCUGACUGGAGUACCAAGCGAUCAUCGUUUGCAGCAAUUGCCGCCAGCUUGGGAAGGAGAGAGUCACUCCACGCUAGGACUCCGCUGGCACCCGCAACACGACCAGUUCUCUUUCGUGUUUCAUCCGCACGCUGCCAUCAACCACACGAAGAGAACGGUUUUAUCCGAAACCGCACGGCUCUUCGAUCCAAUGGGGUGGCUCGCUCCAGUCGUGAUUCGAGCAAAAAUUCUCAUUCAAUCCACGUGGCUGCAAGGAUUGGACUGGGACACCCCGCUGCCGCCAUCCGACGCUCGAGAGUGGCAACGUCUUCUAGAAGAACUCCAUCUUCUAGAUCAGGUGCGAAUAAAACGCUGGCUCGGGACCGGAGCAGAUAAGGCCUCGCUGCAGCUUCAUGGCUUCGCCGAUGCAUCCGAACGAGGAUAUGCAGCCGCAGUAUACAUCCGCAUCACUGAAAGGACGAAACGUCAGUAA